UCAGGGGCGGCUGCCCUGGCCGGGACCCCGCGGGGCGGUCGGCGGCUGCUCCGGCCCCUCCGGCUCCUCUCCUCCUCCUCCUCCUCCUCCUUUCCUCCCGCCGCCGCAGGCUGCUGCUGCCUGGGCCAGGCGGCUGCUCGGUCCCGCCCGCGGCCCCCUCCCCGCCUCUCCCCUCCCCGAGGAUGCACCAGCAGAACAUUGCCCAGGUCUGCCGGGAGUGACACAGUCCUGGAGGCACCGGCUUCGAGGGUGGAAACGUAACUGAGAGAAGCAGAGAGAGCUGAGCCUGGGCUGAGCGCACCAUGGGAGCAAACACCUCCAGCAAGUCACCAUCCUUGGAUGAAAAUGAAGAUGUCACCUUUGACCAUUUUGAAAUUUUGCGAGCUAUCGGGAAGGGCAGCUUUGGAAAAGUCUGUGUUGUGCAAAAGAACGACACCAAGAAGAUGUAUGCCAUGAAAUACAUGAAUAAACAAAAGUGCGUGGAGCGUAAUGAAGUGAGAAAUGUUUUCAAGGAGCUGCAGAUUAUGCAGGGCCUGGAGCACCCCUUCUUAGUUAAUUUAUGGUACUCGUUCCAGGAUGAAGAAGAUAUGUUUAUGGUUGUAGACCUGCUGCUUGGAGGGGACCUGCGUUACCAUCUCCAACAAAACGUGCGGUUCCAAGAAGGCACCGUGAAACUCUUCAUCUGUGAGCUGGUGCUGGCCCUCGACUACCUGCAGAGCAGGCACAUCAUCCACAGAGACAUCAAGCCUGACAACAUUUUACUGGAUGAGCGUGGACACGUGCACAUCACCGAUUUCAAUAUUGCCACCAUGCUGACUAAAGAAAUACAAGUCACCACCAUUGCUGGCACAAAGCCGUAUAUGGCACCUGAAAUGUUUAACUCCACAAAACCCACCGGCUAUUCCUUCGCUGUGGACUGGUGGUCCCUGGGAAUCACUGCCUACGAGCUGCUCAGGACCCGGAGGCCGUAUCACAUUCGCUCCAACAAUUCCGCAAAUGAAAUCGCUCACGUGUUCAGGACGGCCACGGUGAUGUACCCUGCCGCUUGGUCCACAGACAUGGUGUCGCUGAUCAAGAAGUUGCUUGAGCCAAAUCCCGAGAAGCGUUUUUCUCAGCUGAAAGAUAUCCAGGACUUUCCGUAUCUGUCGGAUGUGAACUGGGAUGCUGUUCUCCAGAAAAGGAUAAUGCCGGAAUUCAUUCCCACGAAAGGCAGACUGAACUGUGACCCAACCUUUGAACUGGAAGAAAUGAUCCUUGAAUCCAAACCUCUUCACAAGAAAAAAAAGCGCUUGGCUAAGAAGGAGAAAGACACCAGCAAAAGCAAUUCCUCCCAGGCCUGCCAUCUUCAAAAGCACCUAGAGAUGCUCCAGAGGGACUUCAUUGUUUUCAACAGAGAAAAGGUGAGACGCCAUCCCCACGACACCCAGGGGACCAGAACACUGGCAAAAAGCAGCGGCGCAUACAAGGAGGACAACCAGAACAACAGCCUCUGAGAGCAGCACAGCGCCUGAUGGAGCUUUCGUCGCGGGGCCAGUGCACACCCACGCGCACACCUUCACGAAGCUGGGCCACCGGACUCAUCCACUGCUGCCGGGACGCUGCCGACAGCCCAGGGCAGGGCGGCUGGGCGGGAGCUGGGGCACCCGCUGCCUCUGCCUUCCACCCCACAGCCAGCAGAUCCUGGGCGUGGGGGGCGAGGCUGUGGGUGCUGCCUCCGCAGUUUGCCACGCUCAGUUAGACUCUGAUCCUAUUAUUUUGCCUUUCUUGGUGGCAGGAAUGUGACCGCGUGAAAAUGGAUGGGACACUCAGUAUUCACCCUCUGGGCCUGGCUAGCCAGCAUCACAGCCCUUGGUGCUGCCUGCCCGGCGACUGCCAGCAGCAGAACCGAAGGGAUGGGUGUGCGUCGCUGGCAGAGGUGUUGUCACUAGUACCAGCCUUGGUGGUGGGUCCGCCACAGCACUGUGGGUCCAGGCUCCGUGGGGUCGGGACUCCCUCACAGGCUCACAGCUGGUUGCUCCAGAUGGAGGAGGCCGCUCUCAGCUGCAGGGUCUCCGCCAGCGCAUAGCGACAAAGGCGGCCUUUGCUUACAGACGCCUCCUGCGAACGUCCCGUGAGUGUGGGCACGGAGGGCUGGAAGUGGCGAUGAUCUCCUUCCCUAGCUGGGAGGAGGCAGCAAAGGUUUCCCUCUCUCUCUCCGUGCUGGGUCCUGUACCUGUUUCUCGCAGAGUGGGGCUGGCUGGUGGGUGGUCAGGGCCUGCGGACAGAUGUGGAAAUGAAGAGGUAACAGCCAGGCACUGGUGAAUAAUCGGCAUGCAGAUGCUUUUCCACGCCAGCCAGAAAAACCCAUUCACCAUCACAUUGAACUGCUGCAACUCACUGAAUCUGAUGGGGUUUGGCUUCCAACAUCAGAGGUAAAUUUGAAUGUGUAUUUUAAUCUAGCAUUGAAAUCACACUUGAUUUAAGCAGCUACUGUUUGCAGCAACAGCUGUACUCCUGGUGCAGUCUUUGCCAAGACUGAGACUAGCCAAAGCAUCUCUGUUAUGGUAAUGCUGGGAAUAACACUAUUAUUUAAAUGCUUUUGCAGAUCUGAUGUUUCUUCUCCUUAUUUGACAUUUUUCCUAUUCUCAGCAAUAUGAUGAG